GUUGGAGGCUUCGGCGCGGGCGCAGUGAAAGUGAAUAUAGCACAUAAACAGAUAUUGCGAAUCCUCGGUCUCUUCAUCGUCGACCCGUUUCCCGGAAAAUGCACACUUCCGAUGAUAUUCGCAACCUCCCUAUUGAUAUCACAUUUUCUCGUCUUCUAGAAUGGUUGGUUGAUCGGAAGAGAAUACCCGCGGAUUGGCGGAAACGAUUGACGGCGAUACGGGCCCGCAUAUCAAAGGAAUUCUCAUCGCUUCCAAGGGAUGCUGAUCCCUAUCUUCAUACCCUAGACCCUGAAGGGAUCGGUUAUUUGGAGGCCAGACAGAUAUAUGAUAUCCUCUUAACGUCUACUCCAGAGAGCCGGAAUAUAUUUGGCCGGUUAUCCGGUGCUGCCGGUGCAUGGGAAGCAAUCGUGCGUUCUUUUGAGAAGGAUAAUCUUUUCCUAGGUGAGGCUGCACUGAUUAUGGUUCAAAAUGUAAACUAUGAAAUUCCUUAUCAGAGAAAACAGGUGCAAAAGAUUCAACAACAGCUAGCAGAGCUAGACCGCAAAGAAGCUGAUAUAAAGAGAAGUGCAGCUCUAUCAGCAGCCAAAUAUGCUGAAGCUUGUCAAGAGCUGGGCUUACAGGGAAAAAAUGUUAGAUCAGAGCUUUUGGAGACAGCAAAAUCACUUCCAGGCACAUUUAGAAGAAUUUUGGAAGUUAUAAAUAGUGACAACAUAUCUCAGGCGGUGGAGUAUUACUCCAAUUUUGUCAGAGAUGCUCACACUGAAAAAGAUAAAUCCUCAGGAACUGUUCUACAGAACUUGAGGAGCAUGCGAGAGCUUCCCCCAUCCUUGAAUGUUUCUGUUGGUUCUGAGAUUCUUGGUGCCAAUACUGUUAACUUGAGUGAAAAUGAUGUAAAUAUUGCAAGAAGUAAUACAGAAGUUGCUGCCCCUAAUAUUGACUGGGACAUUUCUGUGGAGAGUUCGCAAAUUGAUUGGAACAUUGGAACUGUGGAAGAAACAGAUGAUGCGGGUAAUGGUCUGGGUCCUUAUGAGAUCAUUCAUGCCAGUGAUAUUGUACAGACUUCACCAACUGAUGCAGCAGGCUCCAAUUUGGCAACACCAAACAAAGAACAUGGCUUGGAUCUUGAUAUAUCUUGGGAUAUUAGUGUUGAGACUCCUCAAGUGGAUGUGAUUGAUGAUGUCAGUGCCUCAAAUGUGCCAUUGGAUGAUCAGACUUCUUUUCCAGACAGCUCAACUAAUUUGACUGAGAAUAGAGAAGAAAGGAGCCAGCUUCUAGACACAGAGUACAGAAAUAAGAUUCUUGAUGAUCUGUAUGAGUUGAAAGCCUUUUUAACCCAACGAUUGGCUGAGUUGAGGAAUGAGGAAACUUUGUCCCUGCAAAAUCAAGUCCAGGCAGUUGCUCCCUUUGCCCUGCAACAGUAUGCUCCUGAUGCCAUAGAAACAAUGCGAUCUGAUGUUCAACUGGCAAUUUCAUUGUUGACAAAUAGGAAGACAAGGGAUUUAAUUUUGAUUCUCAACUCCAAAAGAUUCCUAGACAGAUUAGUCAACUCAUUGGUGGAAAAGAGGCAUCAUGAAAUGAAGUUGAAAGAAGGGUUGAAGGACCUGGCUACCAAACGGAUGGAGUUGCAGAACUCUUUAUCCUCAUUGUGGCCAAAGCAAGAUGGAGCUCUGGCAAAGACAAGGGAGCUGAAGAAACUGUGUGAGGAUACACUUUCAUCCAUUUUUGACGGAAGACCAGUAAAUUUAAUUGGAGAGAUCAACGCUCUGCUGUCUGCUGGCCUCGGAGCAUGAAGGUAGCCUUUAUGAAAUUAGCUUAAGGAAGGGACGUUUUAUUGGUUAACAUUUCUUUCCUGCUUCUACUUAGCAUCAAUUUCUGGAUAAUGCACAACCCCCUUUUGGUCUGCUAUUAGUCUUGAAUUCUACUGAUUCUCAUGACAUGGAUGGACAGCGAUGUAUAAACCCCUUUUUGGUCU